AUGUUGGAACCCAACAAAAUUUACUUGCACUUUCUUCUGAUAGCCUGCUUGGCUACGCCCGUCACGGCAUCAUGGUGGGAUGAUUUUACCAACAACUUGGCCACGGACCUCACGCCACUGAUUGCACUGUUCGGCGAACAAGCAACCAAGCAGUUCCUCAGCGAGUCAACAACCGUCAUCGACAACUUCAUCUUUGCCAUGGCACCGCUCGGUAUCCUCACCGGAGUCGUCUCCGCCAUCCGGGUCUGCGGAAGCCCAUCCUUGCGAGCGUUCAUCGGCCGCGCACAAGAAGGAGGUGGCAUUGCUGAGGCUGAACUAUGCUCUUCUACAAGUCGCGAUGUGUGCGAGCUAUAUCACAACGGCGCUAUCAUCAGAGUCUUUGGUCGGCCAAAGAUCUUAGAGGUUGUUUAUGAUCCGCUCCUUGAGGCGAACGAAGAUGGCGAUAAGCGCGAGUUCGGGAUCAACAUUUCUCGAGAAUAUUUCCAGAAGACGAUACUCAACGAUAACCGAUGGCAAGAAAAGGGACUCGACGAUUCAGAUGAUGAAGCUGAGAAUCGUCUCUCAUCAGCCAACGAUUCAUCCAACGACUUCGCACCAAAUCCCAAUCUCUCCCUUAACAUAGGGAUCGUCGAGCGGUCUUCAUGGGUCUACAUCACAGCAGCUAUUUUCGGAUUUUUCGCCCAAUCCUCAGUCAUCGUAUUGGCCGCUGUCGUCAAAUAUCAGUUAAAGUGGAAAAAGAACGAUAGCACUAUUGAUCCAUGGGCAUUUCCUUUUGUUUUCGUUGGUACAGUCUGUGUCAGUCUCGGCAUGUUCUUCUGUGCCACUCUGGUGAAUGACAGCACCAAGGAGAGAGUGUUCAAGCGAAAAGACGACCCGAACGGCCAACACGUGUCACAGGGCCCUAUGCUCUACGUGAUUCAGCCCGGUAACCAGGUGGUCGGAGAUCAGACCUUUGAUCCCUUUCUAUUUUCCAAGUCCACGAACAGCUACAUAACCUCAUGGAAGGCCCCCCCGCCCUCUAUUGAGGUCUCAGUGUUAAUUGCUACGUUGAUAACAACGAUGGGCUUCGUAUUCCAAUUCGUUGGAUUGAGAGCAUUACACUCAAUUGUUUCCCUCUUGCAACUCGCAAUCACCAUAAUGAUGAGUAUCGUCCGAGCAUUGCUGAGGACGCAACGUUUGAGCAUUGAGGCAAAUGCCCUUCGUGAUCGCCCCGAUGAAGUCAGCAGCCAUGAACUGGACUGGCUUGCUCUACAAAUA